AUGUCUGCCUCCGAAACAGCCCCUGCAUCCACACCUCCCGAAAAUGCGGUGCCAGAGUUGGAUAUUCCCAAGCUCCAUAACCUCCCCUCCGAACAACAGGACCUCUACCUGCUCACCUUCACCUCCGACUUAGUCCAGUACAUAUCCGGCCUCGAUGCGGCGCAGGUCUCCGCACAGCAAAAGUCGCUUAAAAAGGAAUUGUUCAAGAUCCUGACCCUUUCCUCCCCGACCCUCACACGAGUGCUCCGCAACAACCUAGGACGAUGCUUUGGUGCUAUUCUGGGGAAAGGGGAUCGCGGGAUCCUCUUCGAGACAAUUACCGAUUUACUAGGGAUAUUGAGUGCUGGAAAGAGCGAAGCUGAGCUCAAGACCAAGUUCGCCGCGGUGCACUGUCUGGGCGAGGUAUUUGCGACAGCUGGCGAGAGCGCAUUCAUGCAAUCUAAUAUCGCAACGGCGGGUACACUUAAGCUACUUAAGUCGGCGAGUAGUCAUACCGGCUUGCGAGGAGUUAUAUUCUCAGUCUUGCGCAAGAUCAUUGUUGGCAUUGGUGUUCCAGUUGACGAAUCAGUUGCGCGCGACAUUUGGAAACAGGCGCGUAAUGCGGUGACCGGCGACAAGGCUACAUUCGUUCAGGUUCAUGCGUGCCGCUGCAUGGAACAACUGAUUAAUACGACGCCCUUCUUCGAGAACACGAACGACUUCGAAAACUUGAAAACUACCAUCUGGAAGGUCAUUGAUAGCCCGGUCGCACCAGUUCGCCAUGCUGCGGCUGCUGUUCUUGGACGAGCCCUGGUCAAGCUACAUGUCACAGAAGCACAUGUUAUUGCAGCACCCAAGCCGAAGUCGAAGAAAUCCAAGCGAAUGUCUAAAAUGCCAACCGCUCGGCCGGGUGAGGAGGACGAGGACGACAUGUCUGAAUCCUCUGCGACCGCGGUUGCCACGACCAAAAAGGAUGCGCGACUGUUCUUCCUUCUCCCCGACCUCCUGCGACAACUAUCUUUCCAAUACCUGAAGAGUACGACCUCAAACCGCACGCGCGCUGGAAUUUGCUUAUGUUAUAAGUAUGUGCUUCGCAACCUGGGAGACAAGAUUGUAGAGGAACGGUAUGGCCAAAUUGCGUCGAACUUGCUGUUUGACCUGCUGAACCAUCCGACGGUCACAUACAACCGAUUCCGACUGCUCAUGACCCGCAAGUUUGUCAAAUCCAUUCUCGAGGACACGAUUGGCCGGGAACUCCUUCGGGAGAAUAGCCAGCUGAAUGCUGCCAGGUGGCUCAUCAAUGAGAUUUUGAAGGACUACCCCCAAGUGAUUCAAGAGCGCCGCGAGCCGAGUAAAUAUACAUUGACAAGCACUGUCAGUGCGCUCUCUUCGCUGAUCUCAUCACUUGGCUCUGCCUUCGCUGUCCUUGCGGAUAGCUGCCGUGAUGCCUUGCUUCAAGUUCUUCCGCACCCAAGCUAUACGGUCCAGAUUCAUGCGGCGCACAGCUUGCGUGGGUUCGUAUUGGCGUGCCCCCACCAGCUUCUCUCGUGCGUCACUAUUUGCAUGAACAGCUUGAACAGAGAGAUCGGUCAGCUCGCUACACCGAGGCAAUCCCCACGUCGCUGCGUUGGUUAUGCGAACGGUCUCUCCGCAAUGCUAAGCACGUCCCGCCUUCAACCGCUUUAUGGUGCAGUGGAUGUAUUCGCCCAGAUUUUUACUCAGGCCACGGAUCUCUUGAAGAUUAGCACCACAUCGGAGCUUCGAGUAGCAAGCACUCAGGUCCAGACGGCCUGGAUCUUGAUUGGUGGAUUGAUGCCCCUUGGACCUAGUUUUGUCAAAAUCCAUCUUUCCCAGUUGAUGCUGCUCUGGAAGAAUGCCUUGCCGAAGCAUUUGAGCAAGGAAAACUCGGCUCCACCGAGCACACUGGAAACAAGUUUCCUAGCUCACGUGCGGGAGUGCGCCCUCAGUGCCUUGCUGGUCUUUAUGGAGUUCAACAGCAAGCUGAUCACUGCUGAUGGUGCCAAGAGGAUCGCGGGCAUGCUGCAGAACACGGUCGAGUUUUUGAAUGAAGUACCACGACCAAAGUCCAUGGAAGACAUUUCACAGCGUUUGCAUCCAUCUUUGCAGCUAAACGACUUUACGACUAUGGUUCGCCGCCGAGUUCUUCAGUGCUUCUCGAAGUUGGUGCAUGUCCAUCAUCCUAGCCAUGGGGAUAUCAUAUCACAGUCCAACCUUCUGAACCUCGCUAUUUCUGCGUUUGCAGACCCGGACACUCAAAUACGACCGCUGGAAAGCUCUAUCGCGGCUUCAACUGGUCAAUUUGACGGUCUGUGGGAUCUUUGUGAUAACUAUGGAUUUGGUGUCACUGGACUUGCUCGGGAGUACAUUCGUGAUGCCCUGACUGGAUCGCACGGCAACGAGAAUGGCCCGGCGUGGUCUGCCCUUGAUUCCGUGGAUCAAGCUGUUGAUGAUGCCUUGACCUUCCCUAUCUGCGAAGCCAGUGAGCAUGACUCGGUGCUACUUUACAGCUUGCGUGCCGGUGAUUCUCUAUGUGUGGAUCCACCUACUACAGGAGUUGUCAAUGCGGCAAUUGACCUGUUCUCGGUCGCCAUUGCUCUUCACUCGCCCAAGAUGCAGGAGAGCAGUGUAGAGCAAAUCGCCACUUUCCUGUCCUCGCCGGCCCUUCAGAGAAACCCUGGAAGAAGAGCCGCAUUAGUGAUUAACAUUGCGGUCGCCUUGCUCCACGCUUUGAAGGUGGCAGUCAAGGAAACCGAUUUCGUGGCUGGAAAGCUGAAUUCUUCUACGGACAAGAUUCUCCAGGAGCUCAUUCAGAAAUUCGUUGUCGACGCCGACCCUAUCGUUCGCACUAUCGGAGUUGAGGCUUUAGGGCGCCUCUGUGAUAGUGCUGGGAAUGCAUGCACGAACACGCAGGUCAAUUGGCUUGUUGACACUAUCGUUGCGAACAGGGAACCAAAUGCCCGAGCCGGCUGUGCCGCUGCUUUGGGAUGCAUUCACUCACAGAUCGGUGGUAUGGCAGCUGGUCUGCACCUCAAGACCAUCGUCGGCGUGCUGAUGUCUCUUUGCAAUGAUCCUCAUCCCGUCGUGCAUUUCUGGGCUCUCGGAGGCCUGGAGAGAGUAGCAAACUCUGCUGGACUGACCUUCUCUCCAUUCGCCUCCAGCUCGUUGGGCAUGCUUGCCCAGCUCUACAAUGCCGACACCCACAACGAAGAAGCAGCCGCACUCGCAACUUCAAAUAUUGAAAUGGCUUUCCUGACCCCGGUGGUCAUCAGUCGAUGCGUGGACUCGCUGAUUAACGUUCUCGGCCCAGAUUUGCAGGACGUCACGAAAACCCGCAACUUGAUCCUUACCCUGCUUCGGCAAUUCCAAUUAGAGGAGAACCCCGCAUUGGUUACCGAAAGUUCCAAAUGCUUGGAUCACUUCUCUCUUUACGCCCCCAGCUUUGUGGACUUCGCUGGAUAUGUCAAGCGCUUGCAGGGCGAGCUCCGUGCCAGCAACUCUUUGAUGAGAGAUGUCGCUGUUCGUGCACUUAGCAACUUGAUGAAGAGAGAUGCUACUUCUGUGGUGCAAACGGCCACCGAAACGCUCCAAGAUGACAUUUGGCUUGCAUUUGAUGAUGCACCGGAUAACAGAGCUCUCAAGCGAAUGAUCCAGGAAUGGCUACAGCAGACUGCUCUUACUGAAACUGAGUUGUGGAUCCAUCGCUGCCACAACAUCAUGACGAAAACGCGCACUAAGGUCGAGGCAGCACCCACUACUGCAGUCCAAACCGCUGCAGCUGACAUUGCUGACGAUGAAGUCGCUGGAUUUGCGUCUGCGGCUGCCGGUGACGGCCAAGCUGAUCCUACCAGUGAUGGAGUCUCUGGCCAAGAACUAUUGAAGUGGCAGACUCGCAAUUUCGCCAUGAGCUGCCUGUACGAGCUGCUGGCAACUGUGCAAGAAGCUAUCUUGCCCGAUCAAACCAUUCCAGCCGAACUGGCGCUUCAAGCCAAGGUCGGAGACAUUGUGCGAAUGGCGUUUUCUGCGUCCACUGCCAAUGUCAUUGAACUGCGGGUGUGGGGUUUGAAGAUUAUCGAUCAAGUCUUGACCAUGUUUGGAAAGACUCCGGACCCAGACUUUGCCGAGGCGUCUCUUCUUGAGCAAUACCAGGCCCAGAUUGGCUCUGCUCUCACACCCGCAUUUGCGGUUGACUCCUCUGCCGAGCUGGCAUCUGAGGCAAUCAAUGUCUCGGCCACUUUCAUCGCCACCGGUAUAGUGACGAACGUCGAUCGCAUGGGCAGAAUUCUGAAGCUUCUAGUCCUUGGCCUGGAGAACUUUGCGAAGAACCCCGAUACCACCGAGAUUGGCGACUUGAAGGGCUUGAACUCUAAUGCGCGUGUCAUGGUUAAACUUGCCCUCUUCUCUGCAUGGGCUCGGUUACAAGUCGCAAGCAUCGAGCAGGAGUAUCUUAACAGGGUGGUUCAACCUUAUAUUGCUGGACUUACGCCCCUUUGGCUGUCCUCUCUCCAAGAGUAUGCCCGCUUGCGGUUUGAGCCGGAUAUUUCGGGCGCUUUGGGUACGAGUACGCAGAGCAAUGAUUUGGAUGAGGUUUACGCUGCAUUGAACCGUGAAACAUUGCUCAAGUUCUACCAAGACACCUGGCUCAACCUAGUCAACGCCAUUGCCGGUCUUGUUGAAAAGGACAUUGAUUUCGUUUUUGAUGCUCUGGACGGCAAAUUGCAAAUCGCCGAGGAAGCAGACAAAUCUGACAACGCCGAAAAGAAGAGCGAGGAAGACAAGGACAAGGUUGUAACAAAUGGCGAAUUCAAGGGCAAAGGCGACAGCAUCAACUACCGUGAAGAGCCGGUUGCCUUUUUCUUUGUGUUGUUUGGUCUUGCGUUCGAGGCACUUGUUGACCAGUCAACUUUAGCCUCUCAGCGCCUUGAGAUUCUCCAGGCUCUCAAGCGAAUCUUGAGACCAAUCAUCUCUGGAAAUGCGAUCUACCAAGACGCCAUUUUCUCCGAGACCAUGGACACCUUCGAUCGUCUUGUGCUGACUGAGGCGAUCCCCAUUCAGACUGUCAUUGUUGAGAUUGCACAGAACUUGUCUUUGGAUCACCCGGCAGCACAGAGCGACCAAGAGCGAAGCGAUCAUCUCUCGGAUGACAUCGAGCAGCUCUUUGAGUUGACUCGAAGCAUCAUUCUUGUCCUUGCUGGCAUGCUUCCUAACCUCCGUGAAUCGACUCCCAUGGCACGUUUCAAUGUGACGUCGGAUGAUUCUCUUGCCCUGAUUCGCUUGGCCCUCGGGUCACUCGUUGACGUUGCGUCAGUCUUCCCGUCAAUCAUUCGCAAUGAUCUUCACGCCUGUAUACUGCAUAUCUUCACCACCAUCCUCGCUACCGGUAUCUGCCAGACCGAGGUUGUUCCGCAAGCCCUUCCCAUUUUUCGACAGUUCGUCCAGAGCAUUACCCAAUCCUCCGAAAUUCCAGAGGACAUCGACGUGGUUGCUUUCCAACUGCGUGGCUGCCUGACUCGAUUCCUGACCAUUCUCACGAUCGCCCAGCGCCGAGAAUCGGACUCUUCCAUUCCAUGUGCUAAGAAUACCCUUUUGGCCAUUGCUUUCCUGCUGACGGCCGGUGGACACGUUCUUCCACCCCAGGACCCGGUCAUCAAGCGCGUACUCGACGAGCUGCUUGAUUGUUUACAAGAUGUGGGGCUUGCGACAGUGGCUGCCAGCUGUCUUCGAUCCAUCCUUACCAAGCCGGGCCCGCGCUACAUGACGGACGAUAUGAUCGCCCACUACCUUAUUCCACGACUAAUUGCCUUCCUCGUCAGCUGUCCCACUGAUUCUGGCGAAGUGCCCAACGACCCCGAGAAUUCUCGCAUGGUUAUUGCACGUACCCUUGUAUCGUGCGCGACCAGCGCGACCAUCUCACCAGCCGCAAUGCCUACCAAAAUCUCUCUGGUUAUGUCUGCCCUCCUGGCACGCGCUAGGCGGGAAGGCCAAUCCGUUCACCAGGAGUCAGCCGCGUAUCUACUUGAGCUCGCCAAGGCGGACCAACUCAUCUUCCGCACGUUGGUGGCCAACAUGAAUGCAGAGCAGAAAUCUCUUUUGGAAGAGGUCCUUCGCUGUGCGGGUAUUGGCGCUGGAACGUCGAAGUCGGGUGAUGCGGAAGAAAAUAUGCAACAGGCUGCGCCGACUAUCGCACUGCGGAUGGAUUUCUAA